CGCGCUAAGAAUUUCCUGAGAAAAGUUACAUUUGCUUGACACAUUGAAAUCGAGCUGUCGACUCGCCUCCUGCAUAUCUUGACGGCUUUCCUGCGCAAUUGUCUUCUGAAAGCUGCAAGACACACGAGAAGUUGGAUUUAUCACCAUGACGCUCCCCGAACACCCCAUCGACACCCCGCCGCGCGCACCGAGUCCAGUGCACAGGUUCGGCACCCUGGCUGUUCACGCCGGAAGCCCGCACGAUCCCGUUACUGGGGCUGUAAUUGAGGCUAUCUCCCUUUCUACGACCUACGCGCAGACUGCGGUGGGAAAGCCGGUGGGCGAGUACGAGUACUCGCGCUCAUCAAACCCCAAUCGCGACAACUUCGAACGCGCCGUGGCCGCGCUCGAGCACGCCCGCUAUGCGCUCGCCUUCAGCUCCGGCUCGGCGACGACCGCCAACAUCCUGCAGUCGCUCGCCGCAGGGUCGCACGUCGUAUCCGUAUCCGACGUCUACGGCGGCACGCAUCGCUACUUCACCAAAGUCGCGCUGACCCACGAUGUCAAAGUCACCUUCAGCCCGUCCAUUGAGGUCGAUAUCGAAGAGCUGAUCCGCCCAAACACAAAACUCAUCUGGAUCGAGUCGCCCUCCAACCCGACCCUGACCCUCGUCGACAUCCGCAAGAUCGCCUCCAUUGCGCACCAGCACGGCAUCAUGGUCGUCGUGGACAACACCUUCAUGUCGCCGUACGUGCAGAACCCGCUGGACCACGGCGCCGACAUCGUCGUGCACAGCGUCACAAAGUACAUCAACGGACACUCGGACGUCGUCAUGGGCGCCGCCGCCUUCAACUCGCCCGAGCUCUUCGAAAGGCUCUCGUUCUUGCAGAACGCCAUCGGCGCCGUCCCCAGCGCAUUCGACUGCUGGCUCGCGCACCGCGGCCUCAAGACGCUGCACCUGCGCGCUCGCGAAGCGACCAAGAACGCCACCGGCGUCGCGACCGCGCUCGAGGCCAGCAGCCACGUUGUCUCAGUCAACUACCCCGGUCUGGACUCGCACGCGCAGCGCGCGAUCGCGCUGAAGCAGCACCGCGACGGCAUGGGCGGCGGGAUGCUGUCCUUCCGUAUCCAGGGCGGACACGAGGCCGCGGAGCGCUUCUGCCAGGCGACCAAGAUCUUUACGCUGGCUGAGAGCUUGGGCGGCGUGGAGAGUCUGGUUGAGGUGCCGAGCGCGAUGACGCAUGGGGGUAUUCCGAAGGAGCAGCGCGAGGCAGCGGGUGUGUUUGAUGAUCUUGUGCGGAUUAGUUGUGGUGUUGAGGAUGAGGCGGAUCUGGUGGCUGAUGUGCUGCAGGCGCUGGAGAAGGCUGUUGUGGGGCCCAAGAUUAAGAACGGUCUUCCCUAAGCACCAGCUUCUUCAAGCGUCAGGCAUGGAGUAGGUCAUCUGCUCGCAAGAGGAGGAGAUAUGGUGAUUCUGG